UUUGAACUUAGGUUUGUGCCUUGGUGUUAAAAUGUGAUAACAAAAGAACUGGAAUCUGAUGUUGUUUUUCUUCUAUCCUGGAGUGAAAGAAUGAGACAACUCAGCUGAAGAUAUCGCCACCGUGGAAAUGCUUUCGAGCCAGAGCUCGCGACCAUAUACUGUUGGAAGCUUCCGAAUGAAGCUGGCGUUAUUCGAGCAAUUCAUCGAAGAAUUUACAUAUGUCGACGAAGAAUUAAAUCCAGAAGAACGACAACAGAUCCUACAAGCUCGUUUGACGAACGGUUCGUACUAAAUGAUUUAUUGCAGAAGCUCUUUUUUUUUUAAUUGCACUGUUUUUUAGCGAAAUCGGAAUGCAGAAAGGUCAAAUCCAUGUCAAAUUUCGAAGGUUUUUGAAACUUCGAAAUUUGACACGGAUUUUAAAAGCUUACAUACGUGCGGUAAUUAAUUUGUGGUUGACGUGUUGUGGUUUUCUAGGCUACGAACCAUUUUGCGAAGCAAUUCGUAAUCUUUUUGGCAACGACGUGAGUACUCAAGACUUGAAGGCCUUGUUCAGGAAGAUAGCUUUGAAUCCCGAUGCUCAAGUUGAUUGGAGUGAGGUGAGUUGAAUAAACAACCUGGUAAUAUAAGUUAAUACAAACCAUAUAGAUUAUCUGGCUAAACAUGGCUUAAGAACAAGGAAAUGACUCUUUAGUGAAGCCGUGUUUUACUGCCUGAGAUACUCUGUACACCUGAAUUAUUUUGUUUUGAAAGGGAAUGGCAGAGGAGAAAACUUUUAGAUGGGAAAUCAAAUGGCACUAUUUAGAUCAUAGUAUUUAAUAAAUAAAAUCCUACACACUAUAUGAUUGGACAGACAACUGAUGCCCAGCUGACCUCAAACUUGGUAGGCGAGAGGUUUUGAGAGGUGUAAACAGCUUGCCAACCAUAGACUUACCUCAUAAUUAUGAUCAAAUGGUUGGCUAGAUGUGUUCACAUUAAUUAACACAGCCCUCUUUAUGUAUGAAGUAUAAUCAUUUGUUUCACGAUUUCAGCACUUCCAAUGCAAUCCACAUUGGUAGUGACUACAGUCUAUAAUAAAGCAGUGAUUUUCAUUGUCACUCUUACAAGUAUGUUCACUAUGAUGAAUAGGUGCAAUCUUAUUUUAAAAAGUAGCCUGUUUUUCUUUUAUAUUUCUUUUUGCCAAGUUGGAGUCAUGUAAGGGCAUUGGGUUAUAGAGAGCCAAAAUCAAUUUUUUGCCACCUUUUACCCAAUGUCCCAGCAUGUCUCCCUGCAGUCUUCACUCAAACUUUCCCCUCUUGGUUGAAGGAAAUGGGAAAUACUGCUUUGACAUUAGCAUACUCAAAAUAUAUACCAGAGCACCAGAGGCAGGCACGGAAUUAUGUCUGCCUCCCUAUAGUCAUUUUUGUUGGGUAAUUCAGGGGUUUUGAUAAAAGCCAGUUAUUGGUAGUCUCCCGUUGCCUGUAAGACCUCUCACUGCAGUCUAUUCAGCCUGUGAGCAGGCUCUUGUGUUGGGUUUGGCCGUAUGGCAGCUGGUUUAAGAAAGAGUUAUUGAAACCCCUGGUAAGCAAUUCAAACCAACUUCUUGUUUUGAAAGGCCCUUUUCAGUGGAACAGGGCCAGUGCGCAUGUUACCCAGGGGCUGGGGUAGUCCAUAGAUAUGUUUCUACAAAUUAACGCAGUUUAAUCCCACUCUAGAUUGAGGAGAUUAAUGGGUGACAAGCAAUAAGCUACUGCUGAUUGCUUUCUUUAUUGCUAUCUUUUAUUGGUUUGGACCCAUUAACCCUUUAACUCCCAUGCUUGACCAAGACCUAAUUUCUCCUUACAACAUCAUUAAAAUGUCAAGCUGACAAGUAAUGAGAAUAAAGAAAAGGAAUUUUCAUUUGAUCCAAUUGCAAAUUCCUUAAACUUGCCUCAUAAGAAUUGUAUCACAAACAGUGAGGAUAAUUAUUAAUGAGAUCUUGGGAGUGAAAAUGUUGAUGAAAUAGGAUUACCAUAUUUCCUUGAAUAGGUACCCAGGUGCUCAUGUAAAAUUUUGGCUGAAAGGAGGGGCACUGAUAAAGAUACUAAUAACCAGUACUGUUUUGCUGUAGUUGAAGCUUAAAAAGUUAUAAAUUAAGUGGCACUGAUAGAAACAUGUCUUCUCUGUAUUGGUACUAUUUAAAAAAAGCGAGGGAGGAGGGGGUGAACUAUUUAAGAGAGUGAGGGAGGAGAGGGGUGAGUGGUUAUUUGAGAAAGGUGUUUGUUUGAAAGUAUGACCUGGGGGGUGGGUGCUUAUUCAGAGCAUGGGUGCUUAUUCAUCCAAGGAAAUAAAGUAAAUCCUAUAAAUUUUAAUGUGGAGAUCUUUUACUUUCCUUUCCAGCAUCCCUUUCUACCAUUUCUUUUACUAAUGUUCUACGUUGCAAAACUUUUUCUAUGUAGCUGUUUGGCAUUGGUGGUGCAACGGAUGAAGUACCUGACUUGUUAUUAAAUGAAGACACUUCAUCAGUCAUAACCACCAGCAAGAGACGAUCUGUAGGAGAGGCAGGAGGUAUGAACAUGCACAGUUGCACAUAAUCUCUUCUGUAAGGACCAAAUGUUUCUUGAAAGCAGUUUGAUGAUAAAGUGCUUCAAAAGAGCAUAAUUCAACAGAAAUUGAUGAAUGCUAGGGUUUCAACAACCUACAUGUAUUCUAUGACAAGUUGCUGAUAUGGUAAUGGGCAACUGUGGCUAGAAGGGGCUGUAAGGUAAAACACAAAACACGAGAGCUUGCUUACAAGUUAAACAGAGGGCAAUAAGAGCAGAUAGACUGCCAGUAAACAGCUUUUAAUGAAACUCCUGCGAAUGGACUUUUAUCAUUUGUUCCUUGGCUUUUGUACUCUAUAUCAGGUAAAAUUUAUUUAACUAGCAUAAAUGCCAAACAUUUUUCAACUUUCAUCAGAAUUUAUGAAAAAUUAGAGGAGAAAGGAGGAAAAUCAGCUGCGAGCUCUUUUUCUUACCUCUCGCUGUUGUCAUAAAUAUUAUACUAAAUGAAACUUAUUCAAUUCACAUAAAUUGUGUGCAGGUCUAUCUGCUAAUACUGUUACAAGACAUGAGAUAUCUAAUCCCUGUCUUGUUUAACCCUUUAACACCUGAGAGUGACUAGCAUCUAAUUUUUCUUUACAACAUCACCCCAAAUCACACAUUAAGGUAAUGAGAAUAAAGGAAAUGGUCACCAACUAGAGAAGCUCUGGAUUAUCAAACAAAUUCUCCUCAUCAGCACCUUAUGGAAUAUAUGGGGAACAAUAUGGAGAAUAUGCAUACUGAUGUUAGGUUGGAAAGUGUUAACCAUUUGCUUUGUUUCCAUAGGGGAUAAGAAAAGACGUGAUGUUGUGCAGUGCAUUGUUCAGGUUCCAAAAUAUGACUUUUACAUCAUUGCCUCUCAGAAAGGCAUUAUUUGUCAAUGGAGCAGUAAGGUAUUCAUUAACACACACAGUCUAUUAAUUUUCUUAUGAUUUUUCCCAAUCCAGUGUUAUUCUGUUUCCAAAAGGAAACCAGUUUUUAAUGUGUCAGUAAUGCCAAAUUUUACUCACGCCUUUGAUGUAUCCUGAGGCCUUUUACUCCCUUUCAACCCCUACUUUGAAAGGCUUGCUUUCUGAUUGGUUGACUUUGAUCUGUUCCCCAAUACAACCACUGCAUAUAUCAAAAUUUCAUGGAAAUUAUGAAAAUUUUGUAUUAGUUAGUUAUGAGAAUUUUGUGUUAAUUGCCAAGACAGCAAUUUCUACCUGAUAAGUCUGAUUAUUUUCAUUACCUGUUUGCUGGAUAAUGUAUGGAUAUCAUGGGGAAAAGUUACAUGUUGAUCACUUUUGAGAGCAAAAUCCUAAAGGCAGCAGUGAAAAAAGUUUCUAAGGGUCUCAUGAGGGCACAGUACACAGAAAAGGUGUGUAAAUUAUGAACCUUUAUUGUCACCUGGAGAGUAGGUGUGUCCAAAUUAAAGCUUUUUUCACAUUCCUUGUUUUUAUCCCUUUAUUUUUUCAGUUUCGGCUUCAGUCCUGCGUUGACUUGAAUGUAAGUUAAAACCAUUGCCUAGAAGUGCCUAACUUGUUCUUUUCAAGGGAUGUCACAGAUGCACAAAUAGUGUGACUAUUAGCUUAUGCAAACUCUAACUAUUUGUAUGAUAUGGAUGGUUUUGUAAUUCCAACAAAUGAGAAAAUUGUGGUUGAUUUUCUGAGAUGUUCCAUCAUUCUUGGUUCAGUUUUCUGAUCUGCUUCAGUUUGUUUGUCUGAUAUGUUUGAGGUGAAUUGCUUUUGAACUGCUUAUUUUUGUGACAUAAAAUGUGGCUUGUUUCCUCCAUUAGGAGUCUUCAUGGGUGACAGGCUGUGGAUUUUUGCCCAGUCUCAGAAGAAUAGCAGUAAGUUGUACACCACCCUCUAGCUAACAGAUUUGAUUUCAGAUGGUUUCAUGCAUUAAUGCCUUUGUUUACCAAAUAUUCUUUUAAAUGAUCUUAAAAUGGAAAUCCACUUCCAGGUUACAUCUGAGAGAGCAUUAUCUUUAUGGGACUACAGAGCAAAAAGAAAACAGUUGGUAGGUUUGAACAAGCAUAUUUUACUUCUAGUUAUGUACAUGUAAAUCUGAUAUGAAGAUGGUUGAUGUAAAAGUAAGAACAAGGUUGAAAUGCUGUCUUAGCCAGUUGUCUAGUUGGUUUGCUAAUGAACCAUUUGACUCCCGGUAGACUUUGAAAGUCAUAUCAGCCCUUUAUUACAGUGUUAUGGCUGUAACAAAUUUCUCAAAGAGUAGCCUCUUUCAAGUCCUCUUUCUUAUAGUCUUAAACCUUGGACAGCAAGUUAGUUUUGUUGGGGUCCUUGAUUACUUCUCCAUUUGGGCUUAGUUGUUCAAAGGGCAGAUAACACUAUCCAAAGGAUAAAUUGCUACCCAGUGGAUGAGCCCCACAGCCAAACUACUGCACCUUCCACUGGAUAGAAUCUUAUCUGACCUUCAAACAAGCUGGGCUUGAUGGGCAAUGUUGCCAGCUAUACAAUUGUGUCUCAUUUUAUCACCUUAAUGUUUAUGCUGUUGUUCUGCUUCUUGAGUUCAUGAUUUUUAGCAAAGCCAUGUACAGUACAACAUGUACUUUUAAGUCAGAUCCAUGCCAUGCUGCAAUACUUGUAUGUUCACUUAUUAUAUCUGUUUUUUUCCCACUUCCACUCCAUUAGCAUGUCUUAUAAUUUUUCCCUUGAGCUAUGUUUUUCCUUCUUUAGACAAUUUACCAAAUCAAGCCGCUGGAGAACUCCCCACAGUGCAUGAUCUACAUUCCAUGGAAGACUGAAUCCAUGAAUGAGGACACAAUACUGUUUGGAGAUGAUCAAGGUGAGGCAGACCAUUUUGCUGAUCUUGUCAACUAUUUUUGAAAACAUAGUGGAAGAUAAUAUCUUUUUGUAGUCCUGAGCUUGAACUUGAUCACGUUAACCCUUUACACCCUUACAUUCAUAUGCAUAUUCUCCAUGCUGAUUUCUAUACAUUUCCUAAGGAGCUGACAAGGAGAAUUUGUAAUAGUGUAGUUUGAUCGUCUGGGUGAUUGUAGUCCUGAGAAGGACUGUUGUCGGUAGUGGUGACUGACGUUUCGACAACCUGAGCGGAAGUCAUCAUCAGAGUCAAGUGAAAGGUUGUUGUCAGUUGAAUGUACUUAGUCCGGUUUGUGUACACUGAUUGGUCAGUUUUGCUGUGAUGUUAUUGGCGGUAAGACUCAAGUGGCGUAGGUCAGUCGUGAUUGGUUGGUUUGGAUCCGUUAGUGAAGUUAGGUUGUUCUGUUUGGUUCAUUUGUAAUGUUAAUGUUGUGGAUGAGUUGUUUGUAUGGUGCUGGUAGUGGUUGACACCUGUUGAGAGAAGUCUGUUCCUAGUUAGUAAACCAGCUUUCCAGGGUCAGUCGUUGAAAGUAGUUGGUGCUGUAGGUUAGGCAUUGCGCAGAGUCCCAGUCAAUAGUGUAGUUUGUAAGUCGCUGAUGUUCAGCAAUGUGAUUGUUGACAUCGCUUUUCCUUGUCGCUUGUUUGUGUUCAGUCAGUCUAGUUGUGAGGUUUCUGCCAGUCUCACUGAUGGAGCAAUUGAUCUUAUAUACUGCUCCUUGUCUGUUCCUCGGUUUGUCUCUGUCUUUGAUGUUAGUCAGUAACUGAUAUAGUGUGGUGAUAGGUUUGUGAGUGAUGCAGAUAUUUAAUGGUUGUAGGAUGCGUGAGAUGUUCUCAGAUAUGCCCUUUAUGUAUGGUAUGGUGGCUGUGGUCGUAGGAGUUGCGUUGUCAUUAGCUUUGGUAGUAGUAGGUCUGUUAGUGUUAUGUUGGAUGAAGUCUUCAUUGUAGUUCUUCGAAAAAACAUGAUUAAGUUACUUUUUCUCGUAUUACAUGUUACCCCGGGUUCAAACCAUUUACUGUAAGGAGAAUUUGUUAAACAAUCAAGAGCUUCUACAGUUAGUGAUCAUUUCCUAUAUUCUCAUGACCUCAAUGUGUGAUUCAGGAGUGAUAUUGUUAGGAGAAAUUAGAUUCUAGUCACUGCUAGGAGUCAAGGGUUAAUGAUUAUUUAAAAUCAUUCCCUAUCUCUGUGUGAACUUAAAAAUUACUCAUGAGAUCAAAAACGUCCACACAUUUCUUUUUAUUUAAAUCCUAGGAUAUGUGAAUAUGAUGACAGUGUCUUCAAAAGACCUUCAUAUGAAGAACUCAACAGCAGGAAAAACAGAUUCUCAGAUUGUCACCAUUGAACCCAACAAACUCACCUAGUAAGAAUAUCAUAAACAUGAACAUAGCACAACAUGUGGCCUCAUGUACUUUCUCUUCUAUCCUUAUGGCUUUUCUGUCUACUAAUGACUAUGUUGCAUGACAUUGUAUCUUAUUCAAAUAAUAAUUUUACACUUUAUUAAAUUAAACAAACAUGAGUCUUAGCUUGAAGUAUAUAGAAACUGUUGGAAUGGCUGAAUCUCUGAGAGAGCAGGCUCUAUGGGUGUUUAAUAGGAGUUGAUGAGGAGGGCUUGAGAGAUUGUUAUGGUUACCUAAACAUAAGCCCAUUGUUAAAGGAACAGGGCUGGAGUAACCAGUUUUACAGACUGACACCAUUGUAUUUCACCCAAUUAUGGCACUUGCUUACACAUGUAAUUCUAAACGAUUCGUAACUAUCCUACAACCAUCAAAGACCAACCAAAAAGAGAUGAGAUUAAGUAAUUCAAUAUUUUGCUAUUAUCAGUGCACUGCAGAGAAGAAGAUUCCAUGAUGACUGGGUGAUCAAGGUUUGUUAUGAGUAAUUUUGGUGGUGUUUGAUAAUUCUUUAGUUAAAAUCAGUUACGGUAUUUUUGAACAAGUAAAGAAAGGGAAACUGCAUGAAAUAGUAAUCAUGGUAAGACAAGCAUGUUCAUUGUGUUGACUUUCUUUCAUUUUCUGAUAGAUUAAGUAUUUUCCUCAACUGGAAAUGUUUGGAUCCUGUUCACCAAGCAGCAAUUGUUCAUUUAUAUUGGGGAACCUUGAAAAAAUCUUGGACCACAGGUCAGCUUAAAAUAAAUACUGGUAAUGGUUGUAAGUUCAUGGAAGAAUUUCGUACACACCACUUUUCAAACAGACUUUUUUCAACACCAUUGACAAAAUUUUAAAUGAACUCAGGAAUGGCUUCAGUUUACCAUAGGCUUUAGGGGGAAUCCUGGAAUUUAUGAUAGGAGGAUGUAAACCUAAUUCAACCAAAAAAAAAAAAAAAGCCUUUACCAAGCUACAGACUAAAUAAGUUGAGAAGUAUUGGGAGAUAAGUUGAUAUUGAAUACUUCAUAUUUUGAUGUAUCGUGUGAUCUAGUGGUGGCAAGAAUUUUUGUGUCACACAACUACUAAAAAGCCCACAGAUCUUACAGGAAGAGGGGGAUAGGGGGGAGAAUAUAUAUAUAUUUUGCUCAUGACAAAAAAAAUUAAAUUUCCCAAAACUUUCUUUAUAAUCAAACAUUGUAUCAUCAACCCUAAUCCACUAAACUCAGAGCAUGUUUAAAAGGAGCUGUUAUUCCUGAAUUAAAUACACAGUAGCUUGUGAUGACAUAUCAGAUAUUUAAGAAAAUUUGGUGUUUUUAAGAGUCUUUUAGAGAAAACAUUCAAUUAACUUUUGCUCAUUGAAAAUCAACAAUGUGCUUUAGCUUAAAGACACCAGAACACAAGUAUUCCUUAACUACCUCAAGAGCUAGUGUCACAUCUAAUAGCUGGCUUGUUUUACUAAUUUCCAGUCCUGUCAGAGAGCUUGCUGUCCCAAAGGGGGUCAACUGCUUUGAUUAUUGUACAAAAGCCAAUGUCAUUAUCACAGCUGGUAAGUAUACUGUUCACUUAUCUAUUUUACCCCUAACCCUUUGACCAUUAGAUUGCAUUAGUAAUUAUACUUGCUGACUUCCAUAUAAUUUGCAUGAUGUUACUGAGGAGGAUUUGGUAUUGGAUCAACUAGUGAUCCCCUCAUUGAUAUUUUUCUUUAUUUUCAUCACAUGUCUGCCUCUUAUUGUAUUAUAUUGUAGGGAGAAAUUCUGUCUUGAUCCUUCAUGGCAGUUAAAGGGUUAAGCAUGUUAAAACCUAUAUUACUAUGGUUGUUGAAAUGCCUUUCCCUUUCCCCAAAUGUUCCACAGAAUAAGUGGAGAAGUUCAGCAGCUGCCAGUUUCAGUCAUGAAUUGAUUGCUAUUAAUACUCAGAAUUGAAUUUUACAAAUAGCAUUCAUUUUUUUUAUUGAUUACCAUUUUAGGUGCAGACAAAGUCAUAAGAGUUUGGCAUCCACUCAUAUUCACAAGACCAACAGGUAAAGCUGAAAUGCCACUUGAAAAAACUGACUUAUUUCAUGAUCAUGUAGAUACCCUAAAUGCCUUAAUGAGACCCUCCAUGUUGACAAGUUCCCUCUCUCUGGUAAGACUCUCACUGAGAGUUUCUCUAUUCUUGUCCUUGGCUCUUCCCAUGGCCUCUUUUCUCAUAAGCUCCACUUUCAAGUAAGCCCCACUCUCUAAAUUAAGACUCUAUGAAGCCCCCUCUCUAAAAAACCUCACCCUCCAGUAAGCUCCCCCUUAAGUUAAGCCCCCUCUCUGUUAGGCCUCCUUUCUUUUAUGCCCCUUCUCUGAUAGCCCCCUCUCUAAGAAGCCCCUCUUUCUAAUGCGUCCCGAUCUCUACUAAGCCCCCUCUCUAUCAAGUCACCUCUCUAUUGAGCUCCCUCCCCCUUUCUAAUAAGCUUUCUUCUCUUAUAAGCCCCCCACCCCGAGUUCCUUGUCGAUCGGAUUAGCUCAAACCCAUCGGAGUAACAAGAAAAUAUGCAAUAAUUAAUAUUCCUAGACAGUUUGUUAUGGUGAUAGCAAAAAGCUAACAGAAGGCAUUUUUGUUCUUCAGGAAAAUUACUUGGCCACCUUUUCACAAUUGUUGACAUUGCUGUGAAUGAAAAGGAUCAACAACUCAUCAGUUUAUCGACAGCAAGGGUAACAAAAUCCUGGAUAUCUUCUUUCAUGUCUUAAAACUGAGUGCCCCCUUAUGGUAUACUGAAUAGCUCGAGUGUAUUAAUUAGUCACAAUUUCUCAACAAGGCGAGAAAUGGCGUAAAACGCUUCACAAGCUCGUUUGUAUCUCAUUAGUAACGACACAACAUCUCUGUAGGAUGUCUCUUCUCUUUUAGAAACUGGAUUAACUUUCUGCAAUCCUGCGACUCACUUUAAUUUCUCCUUUUUGCUCAGGUAUUCAGGGUAUGGGAUAUCCAGACACUGUCAUGUUUGCAAGUAAGUCAGGGCCUUAAGACAAAAGCAUCUUUCCUUUCGUCAUCGCCAAUCUCAAAAUUAGCCAACGUUUUUAUUCUAUUUACUUACAUGACGGUUUCAACAUUGCUGAUCCAUGCUGAAUGCAGGACCUGUGUCGCAUUUGAACCUAUUAAGGUCCUCACUCAUCCAUGGUGCCUCUGGGUACGAAGGUUUAAGGUUCGACUCCUCAUGGGAACUCACAAUAUAUACUUUGUCCUGCGCUCGUGUCAAGACGGAUACAUGUUUCCCUGUGUAUUUCUUCGUAUUAGGUAUUUACAGACAAUGAAGUUAGGCCAGGAGAGAAGCGCAUCUCCUGUAUGCUUUUUGAUGCCAAGCAUGACAGACUUAUUACAGGUAAAUGACACUCAGAGUCGGCUAGUCAGGUAGCCGUUCACUCAGUUAGUCAGUCAGUCAUUUUGUCAGCCAGCCAGCCAGUCAGCCAGUCAGUCAACCAGCCAGUCAGUCAGUCAGUGAGCUAGUCAGGCAGUCAGCUAGCCAGUUAGCCAGUCAGUCAGUCAGCCAGUAAGCUAGUCAAUCACUUUGGCAGUCAGUCAGUCAGUCGGUUAAUCAGUCAAUCAGUUAAUUGGUCAGUCAUCAGCCACCCAGCGAUGGCAAACUAAAGGAUUUGCAUUUAGAACUCCAGAUUCUAAAUUCUAAGCCCCUCAAACCGCUCAGCUUCACCGUCUCCUGAUUUCUGUCUUCUUCCUUAUUUUUGUUUUUGAAUAAAUAAUCCCCCGGUAGGUUGUAGUGUAAUUGACACCUGGCCACUGACUCGAGCCAUUCAGGAUUCACUUCAAGUUCCCCACACUCAUGACAGACCAAUAUGUCAGGUUUGUAAUUUGUGAUUGCCUAUUUUACACCUGCAAUGAGAGGUGCUAAGGGUUUUAGGCUGACCGGGAGAAUGUCACUUGUUCUAAUUGUGCUUUCGUGUGUUCAGCUUUUGUACAAUCCUCAGAUGAACCAGGUCAUUAGCGGCUGCGUUGAAGGGAUACUUAAGGUAUCAACAUUUUGUUCCCUUUCUAGAAUAUUAGCAAAGUGUUGUUGUGGUGGCCGUUAAAGAAAGGAAUGAGAUAAAAUACGUCAGGAUUUUUUUUUGCUUUAUUGUCUUUCCCUCCUUUGUACAGGUUUGGGAAAUGGAGACAGGCAAGUUUGUUUAUCAGGUAGCUGAUGCCCAUGGCCCGUCUACGGAGAUCACAGCCAUGACAGUAGACAGCUCAGGUUACAGGCUUGCUACUGGAGCUUACAAUGGUUAGUAUGAUUGUCGUAUAUUAAGGAUACGUGUGCCUUUGAAAUAACAGGCAUCAAUCUGCUAACUCUCUUCCUUACAGGACGAACAUGACCACCCAAAACUAACUUAUCUGUGCACACAAAUCUUUGUAGCGUUUAUGACAUCGUAUAUUUACACGUUCUACAUUUACGCCUACUACUGUGAGAACAAUUAUGAGAAGGAAGACACUGUAAAUCUUUGCAAAGUUGAGAAGAACAAGUUACAGGUCUGAUUCCUUAUCUACCCUCGCUUAAGUUAUUAUGAGACGAUUUCUGAGUUUGAGAAUCCGAGGAGAACCUUCAAGUGACUUUGUCUUAUUGUAUCGCAAAGUUUGCUGACGCAGAGAGGCCAAGCACCUUCUACUCGUUCACCGCUUGUAGUACAAUACCAUUCUAUUUCAGACGUACAGUGAGUUAGACGAAGCGUGAUAGUAAACGGCGCAAUUGUAGCCGCGAGGAGUGAAAAACGAGGGAGGUCUGGGUCUGUUCGCGCAACUUUUUUUACACGACCCGACCCCAAACCUCACUCCUUUUUCAUUUGACCGCUUCUAUCGCGCCGUUAAUUAUUUCGCACGGAUUUCGCACCGUUUCACCCGCUGAACGCCUGCAACAGACUACCUAGUGUCCUAAAAUAGAGCAAUUGGUGGUUGAGUUUCGACAGACGUGUAAGUUUUGUAGUUUCUGGACUCAAUUCUUUUUCGGAAGACCCCAACUGGUUUCUUCUCUCUCACCAGGUUCUAUAAACGUGUGGGAUUUUGGCAGCGGACAGCUUUAUAAGAAGUAUCCGGAUGAACACGCUAAAAAACGCUAUGAAGACACCAUAACAGACCUGACGUAUCACACGAUGUACAACAAAAGAUGCUUGUUGGUGUCUUCGUGGGGAAAGAAAAUAAGAAUCAUGGAGGUAAAAAAAGAUCUAAGAACUCUGGCGUUAAAUUUUAGUGACAUAACUGUUGUAAAUACUCUUUAUUCUCCGUGUUUUCGAUAGUAGUGAUACAACUAACCUGUUUAAUCAGAGAGCAACUUACCCUCUGAAACUGCCUUGAGGAGAUCUUUUAGUGCGUAUUUGAACAAACCAACACCGUUAAAUACGACUGUGUUUAUGUAUCUGAACUCAUAUAUAAAACAAGUGAAACCUCUUUCUUGAUUCUAAUUAUAUGGUCGUUGGAUUAUGAUUAUAUUUCAUGUCACAUUUGCUAAGAAACAGAAAGUGUCAUGUGGUGAAAACUUGUAGCUUGCGACAAGUCUUCACUACUAUCGUUUCAGCCUGAGCAUAUGAUUGUCACAUUUGUUAAGAAACAGGAAGUGUCAUGUGGGGAAAACUUGUAGCUUGCGACAAGUCUUUACUAUUAUCACUUAAGGACGAGCUUUUCUUCGUUCCCGGUAAAGUAGGAGGCCUUGUGCAACGCUAUCCGGCGAGGGGUCUGUAAGGGGUCUGGAACUGAUAAAUAGUGCCAGACCCCCGGCAAGCCUCUUCCCGAUUGAUCUCAACUAUUCCCGCGGGUAGAGAAAUUCACGUCCUGUAGCGUUAAUGAUGAGGGCCUGCUCGUUGGUUAGGAGAUAGUAUAACUGAUUUUCAAGAUCUGAUUUGUUGUUCGCCCUAUGGCGGCUAAACAUGCACCUGUAAAAUAGUAACUUCGUUUUGAAACAGAUGCCUUGUGCUUUUAUCAGUAGUUGGCCAGAUGCUAUAGUAUAUUCUAAGGACAAGUUACAUUACAUUUUAUUAUUUUCUGGGAGGUAAAGGGCUAAACCUGUUGUUGCGCUGCUACUGGUGUUGAAUUUGCCUUUAUUAAGGUUCAUUCCUUAUCCCCACAGGACUCAGCAGAAGUCGCAACCUUAAUCGAACUCAAGGUUUUAUCAGAUCUCUUUAUUCCACCAGUGCCCUCAAACUCUGCCCAAGGUAACACUCUUUACAUUGUGGGAGCCACCUACUCUGUACCAGUGAACAUCGACAAAAUUCAGGGAUCAGUUUUUGUGCAGAAGACAUUGUUUUUUUGAAUCUUGUAUACUUUGCUGAAGGGGUGAAAUAUGAUAAUAGUGUUAAGCGCAUUCUGUACGAUCAUUUCAGUCAGUAAGGAAAAUUCUUCUUGUCGCCUUAUAUAAAUAAGACACUAGCAAAAAGCGGGUGGAGUCUUGAGUUCGAGCCAAGUAGUUUAUUUCGAUUCGAUUCGAUUCCAUUGUUUUCAUUUAUCUCAUUACCGCUAAAAUUCUAUAGUGGCCGGGUAGCCUGAAAAGAAAAGCACCAGCUUUAUGAUAUGCAGGCUACCUAUUUACAAUCAUUUCGAUAGUACGAAGCGACUUCGAGUAUCGCUAACUCGCAUGAAUGGAAUGCCAGUCUAUUCUAGCUUGUCCCCCACCAUUUUUUAUCAGGUUUCUCAAACAAUCCGCCGGUACAAAAGACUUUAUAUACCUUUGGUGGAAAGGGACUCAGCGAGAGUGAGUUAUCUUUCCCGGAACACAACACGGCUAGGGCCCCAAACCGUAUAUCUCGAUUCAUAGUCCACCCCUUAUCGCGUCUCUGACUGAAGACAAGUAGAUUCCAUUCUUGAUUAAAAUAUCGCACUCAAAAUCUUUCCCCUAUAUUUCAGAAGGACAGGCACCGUUCAUUUCAAGGGCACCUCUGCCUACCAUUGGAGAAUCUCAGGAGGUCCAAUCAAGUAAUGAGGUAUGGCGUCAGGGCUAUCUCAUCCACUCGAACCAGGCUUCAAAUGUUGGUUACAAUAAAAGAACUGAAGAAAUACUGAAAUUUUGUCAUGAGAACGUGGACAGAGAGGUUGAAACCAAAAGACUGACUUCCCUCACAACCGCUACUCCGCUGGUUCUAGAUGGAUCUGAAAAUAGCAGUCCUGUACAGUGCAUUUUGUUCAGAAGGAAAUCUCAGAAGGCAUUCUUUUUUUUCCAAAAAAACAUUCCAAUCUUAUAAGGGGGUAACUGUAACAUUAUUCUUUACAUUAUUUUCAACAGACCAGAUACCUAAAAUGACUUAAUGGUGAAAGACUCUGUCUCAACUUGUUUCUGUCUUGUAAACGAACUUUAUCACCAUGUAACAUCUUUGUUGCGGUUUGAAUGUUUCCCUUUUGGUUCGGGUUGCUGGGGGGAGGGUCUCGAUUAUUUUGCAGUCAUUGUUCUCACUUCCUUUAAAUUCAUCAGUUACCCAUACAAGCGCAAAACUGACUUAGAUUAAGUCACUUGGUGCAACAAGUUUAGCUCAAAGUGAUGUGUUGUCAUCAUUGCAGGAGCAUGUCCUCUCGUUUUGUGAAGUAACUUGUUUGGAACAUGUAUCUCCUUUACUUUUUGCUGGUACAUCGAGUGGAGCAGUCAUCAUGUGGAAUCUAGAGACGGAGAAGGUCGUCUUAAGGUCAGUCUAGCGCUGUUAGAAAAAUCGGCUAAUGUGGAACACGCCAGACCCUGUGUCAAACUUGUAAAACCAAAUCGAUCUUGAAAGGGAAGUCCCUACACACCAAAUCAGUUGAGUAAAAACCAUGACCCGAGAGAUUUCCGUGUUUUUUUAGAAAAGCUACAACACACUUUGCGCAGCUUGAUAAUGUUUAGCCUAUUAUUUCCGACAGGUGCAAACCAUGUCUAUCUUCUCAAUCCAUACACCUUAUUCCAUGGUAAACAUAUGAUGCACGCGGAUAUUUUGCGAGUUGCGUAGUUUUUCUCAAGGAGCGAGGAGAAAUGCAAGAAAUGAGAAAAAAUGUAGUAAUACUUCUAGUCUUUUCAUUUCACGGAAACCAAGGUGAGCUUCGGCUGGAUUGGCCACUCGGUAGAAACUGUUAUCAGCUGAUUUUACCUCAUCAACCCUUAAUGAGUUUUUUUCGUUGCUAUUUGCUUUGGUGCUAUUUGCGUAGGUGUCAACCACCAAAAUCCAGGAGUGCAAACAGCAGUAAUUACAGACGGAAUCACCGAGAUGAACAGCUGGUGUACAAAGUGCUUUAUCUUAUUCAUCGAGUUAGGAAACCCAUCAUUUACGGCAACGGGUAUAUUUUAUCAUCUUCUCAUACUAUCUUUCAUACGGACUUCUGUGUUACUGUACCUAUGUCACCUUCUUUUGUGGAUAUAAUUGACCGUAAUUCUAGCUAAAACUAUCUUCACUAUCUUAGUUAUCUUAAAUUAUUUCAUUAACAAGUUGUGAGCAGAUUACUUGAAGGGGAAGAUGAACCCUCUGAACUUUACCUAGCUCCGAACUCGUGGCUUCGUAGCUCAGUCGAUAGUAUCGCCCCACUAGUAUCUGUCAGGCAUAAGUCCGACUUCUGUCAAAGCCCAAAUUGCUUUCAGCUUCUUUUCUGCUUAAAUUGCAUUCCACCCGUGAGGUUCAUUUCUUUGCUUAUUUAGAAGAGGUGAGUCUGGGAAACGUGAGAUAUGUCUUUGUAAUGCGUUUAUGUUAUUUUUAUCAGUGGAUUUGAACUUGUUCAACGUUCGAUAGCAUUCUGUAAUUUUAUGUGCCUAAUCCGAAAUCGUUUCUUCCGUUCUUAGUAAAAAUACUAACUUGCCGAAAUCAAGCAAUGAACGAGAUGAAGAUAGCGCUGAUACGGGAGACGCGAGUGACCCUCAAAAUGGCGAGCAAGAUAGGAAUCUUGAAAAGGGUGAAGAAGAAAUAAUUGCUGAAACAGAUAAAGAACAAGUAGAUAGAGGACGUGAAGAGGAACAAAGUGGAGAGGACAGGAAUCAGGAGCAGAAGUUGGAGCAGGAAUCUAAAACUGAAAAUGAGGAUGAACAGGAAGAAAAAGAAGAUGAAGUUACUGAGCAAGCUGUUCAUGGUGCAUUUUUACAAGUCAGCGAACCGUCUUUAGUGUCUGCUCAUCAUGAUGGCUUUUUGCGAUUCUGGAAUUUAUCGGUAAGUUUCGAAUGUGGGAAGUGGCCCGUAGUUGAAUAUUUGAACACGUUCUCGGGAUUAGAAUUGAAGCCAUGAAGUCUUUUCACCAUCAAAUCCAUAAACAUCCUUCUCACGAUUUCUCUUCAUUGCGACUUUGACUCAGAGCAAGGUUAUAAGUUCGCCUUUUCUGGUUGGCAGUAGCCCUUAGUACGAAGAGGAUAUUCAUUAAUUUUCAUUCUUGAAUAUGGUUAAUCGGACGACAAAUCCAUUCUCUUAUCAGCUAUCAUGACUGAUAAUGAAUGACUUGCGCCUGGAGGAGUUAGGUUUUAGUCUUUGUUAUGAGGAAUUCUGAUCAGGAUGCGCUUGUUUGCUUUAGGGUACUCUUCUAUCAGAGAUACGCGCAAUUACUAGGAGACAGGCAUCGGCAGUGACUUCCAUGUGCACAGAUCCGGACUGCAACUUUGUUAUCAGUGGAGAUGCGAGUAAGUACUGACAAGUCAUUAGUGCGAUUUGGCCUUGGGUGAUAAACACACUUACAAGCUUUUGCCUCAUAAUCUCUAAUGUUCUCAAGGGGUAUGUGGAAGCAUACGAAAAGUCAAAUGCUUUAGAUGUUUUUUUCCCCCCAUACCUGAUUUUUCUUCCGUAUAGGCAGUAGAACCUGAUUUCAAAGGAAUGGGGGGUCUGAAAACGAGCAGCGGGGGCGUCCAGAAAAUUUUGAAAUCUAUUCAUCAAACGUACUUCAUAUUAUAACAAAAUAAAAUUUCGUCCUCCAAAGAAUAAAGGGUGGCGCUGUCCCUGUAUUCUCAUCAUAUCCACCGAGUUUUACCUGGCAAUCACUGUACUGAGUUGUUUAGUAUUAUCAACUGAGUUGAUAACGUAAAUUGGCCACCGUAAAGAGUUUCAAAGCGUUAGCCCCUCGUCAGAGCCCUUACGCUCUGAUGAAGGGCUAACGUUCGAAACAUCAGCUUUGAAACUCUGCGGAUGUCAAUUUACAUUAUCAACUCAGUUGAUAAUGCUAAAUUACCCAAUUAUACUCUCCCACCGACAUGGCACCUCAGUUUCUCCGGAAACUUACCCCUUUUAUUCACUGUACUAAGUUGCAUAACACGCUGAUGCAUGAUUUUGUCCUGAAGGGGGUUACAUCACCGUGUGGGAUGUCGGCAAUUUUCUUUUGGAUCCUUCAUCCGAGGGAAGUGACGGUGAUCAACAACAGCAACGUGAAGAUGACCAGGAAAGUAACAAGGACGACACAAAAAAAGAGCCCAAGGUAAACUGCCAAAGAACAUUGUCUCUGCAAAUUUUUAUUUGUGCAAUUUGUCCCAUCUUUUCAUUAGACUAUCGACCAUUCUGUUUUAUAAUAAAGUUCGGAUAUAACGCGCGCUGUCAUUGGUUGAAAGAGCGUGUUCUAUGAGAGUAUAGAGCAUAGAGCUGAGCUAAAGCUGUCACGCCAUCUGCCAAACUGUACUAUGUUCGACCUUUUCCGGGACUUCCUUUUAGCUUUUUUCCGAUAAUUGAAAGUGAAAUUUCGGAACAAGCGAGCCGGCAAGUAGCAAUAGAAGAACCAAAUAAAGGUUUGUAAACAUACCAGGCGCCGUAAUUUACGUUAUUAAAACGUCAGCAGAUACGAAAAUCCUCAAAGGAAAAAAAAAAUAGACAUUCCAGGUUUUAAAGAUUGAUUCACGCCUAGUUAGAUUUCAAGCUUACGUACGGAAAUAAAAAUCAAACACAGCUAACACUCAUAUAGUAUAUAAAGUUCAGUGUUCAAAAACAAAACAGAACAAAACAGAAAUGAUGAAAAAUAUAACCAAACUGGCAUAACUGUUAAAAUUCAUUCUAAUCAUGACGGUGUCUGAGCGAAUAUGAUCAUACUGAAGUCCAUCGCGGCUCGCUCAUCAUGACGUUCUCCGGUCAUCACAGCAAGCCUCAGAAACUACAUCGGCCGCCCUUCGAGUGUUGUACAGCCAAUCAGAUUAUUUGAACCAUUCUAACAGGGAUUCUGAUUGGCUUAUUGUAGCGUGCUUUAUGAGAGUAUAGAGCAUGCUGACGACACUGUUGUUCGCUUUGGAAAUAAAGUUUUGAAAAUUAAAUAUAAUGCUCGGGGAAUUUAAUGGAUUCUUUAUUAUAAAACAAAUAGAGAAGCCUUGACUGUGCUCUGUUCUGUUAUAAAGCACUUAGGAAGCGGCUAGAGCACUCAAGAAGUGGGGAGAAACGCUCGACUACGUCUCGUGUUUCUCCUUACACUUCUUUCGUGCUCUAGCCGCCUCCUGCGUGCUUUAUAACAGAACAGAGCCAUAUACAGAGAAGCCAUAUACGGAGAAGUUAAGGUAUGGACCUAAAAUUCACUCACUCACACGCUCACCUCAUUUUAAUCUGCGAGACAAUUAAUUUAUGCUUUAAACCCCGCCUAUAAGGUUUGAUUCUUUCCCUAAAAUCGUUCCAUUGUCUUCUGUUCAUUUGGGGGUAGGACAAAGGCGGAAAGUUUCUAGAUUUCGUUGUCAUUUGACAUUGUUCCCAUUUUAUGUUAAGUUAAUAGGUUAAUGAAGGAUACAAGAAGUAUUUGUAAAACCGCUGAUUGUGCGUGUCAACGAAGGAAGGGGAUAAUUUCUUGUAAUGAAAAAGCUCUUGCGUAUCCCAUGCACAACGUCAGCUGUGGAGUUGUUAAUUCUUGAGUGGAUAAUUUCUCUCAUUUACAAUUAAGUGAAGAGGUUCAUUAGUGUAUUUACGGGAUGUAAAUUGUAGCCGUUAUAAUGGCAAACAAUUGGCUUUUUAAAGUGACAAUCUGUGGCAUCACCUCACGCCAAGUUCGAUAACUCACCCUUGCAUAAGUGGUAACGUCUUUAUGUGUUUAUUGCAGAAUGUGAUUAAGCAAGUUGUUUGUUGGCGAGGGCACCUCACUCGUGUUGUUGGACUAGAGCACGUGCAAAGCGCUGACGUAAUCGUGUCUGCAUCAACGGAUUGUUCUGUCAGGUAACUUGAAUCACUUGAGCCAGCCAAAGAAACAGUCCUUAAUGGACCAAUAACUUAACAAAAAAAUUCUGACUUUUAUGUAAACAUUUACUACUAGUAGUGUGUUAUGGUAUCUCUAAGGUCUCCGUUAGGUAAGUUUGGCCUUAUUCUCAGACGAUGCGUGGUUACUUACCACAAGCUAAGCUUAAGUGCGAGUUUCCUCGGACUUUCUGAGAUUCAAGGCGAAAACUCUUCGGCAUAAUUUGCCUUUUAAAAAUAUCUUUUUUCUCCUGGGCUGGCCUUUCCUUCCACACGUAGUAGAACGGCGUUUUGGGUCAUCGGAAUGAAUGCUAUUUGAAAUGUUCUCUAAAUUGGAGAAACCAUGCAGCUUUAACGGCAAAAAACGUAGCUCUUCAAAACACGCUCACGGCAAGAGUUCUCUCGGCCUUUGCCACAUCCCUUUUCGAUCAUGAGGUAAUUAUGCGAACCAUUCAUCCAGAGUCGAGACAACGCUUGCUUUGAAAUCCAGUUUUAGAAGAACACUAUCCACAUAACACCUAUAUAGACUUUAGGAGAUAGCUUUAUCCAACUUGGAAAAACCUGAGCACUCAGUUUUUCUGUUUUGUGUAAUGGGUGAUGAUUCUGUACAACUGAAUUAUGUUCUCCUUAUUUCUGUUCCAAGGGUGUGGUACCGUGAUACCGGUCACUUCAUCGGGUUUUUUAGCCAGCCUCGUCUGUGGCAUAUGCCGUCUGUUAAAUCUGUUCCCUCCACUCCUGUCAGACCGUAUGACAUCUCAGAGGUAAGUCUCGUUUAGCUCACAUAGUACACCACCAUUAAAAAUAAAAACAACCCUGAUAUUUUCAUCCUGCUAUUUGUAAUCAUGGACAGUGAAAUUUAAUUUAAAGUAUUUUCCUUUUGAAGACAAAGUUACUCCUUUAGGUGAGUGAUCGAGUCAUUGUUACGAAGUGAGUUUAAUUUCAGCUAUCUUUCGAAUUAUUAUAAAAUUCAAACCCUGCCUGAGUUUAAAGCAUUGAUGGUCUGCUGUAUGGUGCAGAGUCGAUAUGUCAAUGAAAGCUACAAUUAUUUGCUUCUAUAGAGUUAAUAAGGAUAUUAAGCAAAACAUGUCGGCGACGUCAACGAGGACGUGGCGAAACAAACUUAUCUGACCGCCAACUUUCAUGCAUGAUUGCAAGCAUGAAGCACCAGCUAACUACAAACAAUAAGCUUGCAUAGUAUUCCUUGUCUAAUAAGACCAUUAGACUUUUUCUUCAAAGAUGGAAAACGAGUUCCUGAUGUAUCAUGUCAUUUCAUCACAGGGUCCGAUAAAAACACUAAAAAACGUAGCCACCAAGACCGUUACCAAGGCAACAGAUAGUACCGUGGACUGCCCGUUGAUGUUCGAUGACACAAGGUACCACAUCAUUUCACUGUUUUAAUAGCGUUGAGCCUAAGAGCGAAAACAGCUGAGCUAGCCAUGCCAAGCGCCGUGAUUCUGUGCACGGUCAAAACGAUGAUCUUGGGAAACUACAAGAUAAUUUGGUUUAUUUACUGAGGUGAUAAUGUAAAAUGGUCACCGUAAAGAGUUUCGAGCGUUAGCCCUUGGUCAGAGCGAUAGAGUCUUUUGCUCUGACUUAGGGCUGAAGCUCGAAACGUUAGCCUUAAUUUAAAUUAUCGUCAGCUUUAAUUUACAUUAUCAAAUGAGCUGAUAAAACGCAACUUCCGUAUUGAGAGAAACGCUCACUCCGUCCACAGAACAAUAUCCUGUUUAGAAGUCGUUUCCCCUCCGGGGGAAUGGGAGAUAAGUGAGUGAGUGAGGGAAGUCACUACACCGCUGUGGAAGUCUUUUAAAAAUUCCAGCCACCAAAAUUCAUAUUGUGAAGGCGACCAUGUUAUGAUUUCAGGCGAAUGUGCAAGUCAGUUUAGGCUAAACUUAAGUGGUCAUCAUGGGGAUUUGCAGUAACCGCAACUAAUGUCUAGGUAAGCGAAGAGUAACAUUGUGAAUCUUUCACCUCCCUCUUUCCUUUUACAGAUGGUUACCGUUCCGUCAUUCAGCUCAGAAGGAGACUAAACCAACCGGUGAAAACAAGAAAUUCUUCGACUCUCUAUCAAAACCAAAGGUAGAAGUAACAUUUUAGACUGUCCACGUUGUUUUCGCAUAACCCCUCUACAAUACCCAUCAUCAAUUUGCAUACUUUUCUUGUCAGCUCGUUUAAAAGUUGUACAUGAUUAUAAACUUAACGUAAGAGAACUUGAAGAGCUUAUUUCUGUCCAGUAUCCUCGGUAGUGUAACGUCUUAUCUUCCUAAUAGUGAUUUUUAUUGUGACUUAGGUCUCAUCUUAUUCUCAAGAAAAUUUCUUACUUGCUUUGUUUUAGCAUUACAACUCUCAUCUGGAGAGUACGAGGUCAGGAUCACCGGAUACUGGGGCAGUGUACAGGGCUCUUCCGGUUUACAGGGUGAGCUAUGUGAUGAUGUACUAUAGCUUGUUGUAGAAAGUUAGGAAAUGAAUAGAUUUUAGUGGAGGCAAAUCCACGGAGUGGUUCUCUGUCCUCUGAUUUGAUGUCGAAUUGGAGUGAUGGUUUAUGAAGAGAGAGGAGACCGAGGAAAACCGAGAUAAAAAUACUGGGAGCUUGAACGAAAGUUAUCAGCGGACUCCGUCUACAUGUACGUGUGUCACCAGGUUGGUUUUGAUAUCAGCUAUUAACUGAGACCAUUUUUCUACCAAAGUUAUUUAAUUUUGUAAGUCAGCGGAUUAUUUAGUUGGUUUGUCGUUCAGGCAUCCGCUUUGUCACUUCGUUAGUUUGUGUGUGAGUUAUUCGUCAACAGUUAAUCAGCUGCUCACACCUAUCCCCUCGUUUGGUGUUCACUCACUUCAAGAGAAUAUAAAGACUAUAAAGUUUAUAAGCUCUUGCUCACUUUUAGUGUCUCACGGCUGCCUGACCAAUAGUAAGCGUCUUUUUGUUUUUCUGACAGACUACUGCAUAGUUGUCCGUCUGUUUUCCUGAGGACAGUGAGGGAAAGUUUUAACUGAAUCAAUUUUGCUCAGUUGUCAAGGCGUUUCUAAUUCGAAAAAGUGAUUACUUUGUAGAUUGAAACACCGGAAAGACUGAAGACACCAGCCAUCAACAUGCAGUCAUCAUGGCUCACAAAUCAGACACAAAAUCAAAAGGUUCUUCAUCUUGACUUUCUUGUUCUGUGUCUUUUAAAACUAUUCAACUUGGACCUUUUUUUUUUGUUUGAAUAUGAACGAGAAGUUAUUUCGUUCCUUUGAUCAACAGGGACAUGGCAAUAAGUCAACGUUUGCUUACAGAUCAUCGUCUUCAACUCGGGUAAGUCACGCGAUCUGUUGCUUAAAUCGAUCUCACUGGAGUGUCUCCUUCUCACAGCGCGAAAAUAUGACCAAAUACAUACAUAAAGGAAAAAAAAGGGAACGAGACAGAGAAUUAAUGUUUUAAUUGAUCAAAAUGGGUCCCCAGGUCUUCUUUUUGGGGUCGGGGGGAGGGAGGGGGAAGAAACCUCAGUAAUUGCAAUUUAAAAAUUUUCUUUGAAAUGCCAGAAUUUAAGGGGAACGCUACGCUGCUGGUCUCGUCGUGUGUCCCUACAUAUAUAUCUCGUCGCGAAUGAACUCUGUUUUUCGUCAUCAGGAACCAGUAGUGUCCAGAUUUCCACAUAUUGUCCAAGGUCACAAGAGAUAGUUCUAACCAGAGGUUAACAAAGCUCCGUCGAAUGGGAUACUUUGCCUUCUUUCAGCUGUUCAGGGACAACAGACGUCCUCGAAAUACCAUAGACCACGACACAGCUUCAUCAUCUACUGACUGGUUCAGUGAAUCACGUAACGAAACACAAUGGACCUCUAAGGGAACUUUAUGUUUCCUUCACUUUCAUACCAUCAGUGUAUCCAUCAAGACUAAAGACCUUUUUAUGUUAGGUAAAUUUUAUAUUCACGCGGAGAUCUAAACCAGAGAAUGCAGCGAGAUUUGAGACUUGGAGCUUGACGAAUUUCCAUCAGGUUGUUUUCAAGACAACAAAGCCUUGACCUAUCCUAAGAUUUGGCGCGAACGGAUCCUGCGCACUUGCCAGGAAUCGGAGCGAUUGAACUCAAAGUGCUCAGUAGAUGUGGUAUACUCUGAGAGAAGUUUUAUAAAUGAAACUUAAUAGGAUGUAAGCGAGUUUUAAGAAG